GGAGUGAGUCACCAAUAGCAAAGGCACGAAGGAAUUAAGUGCCGUCUCCAGCCAAUCAGGGCAAGCUGGUAAUGAAUAUUAUCGCUCUGCCACUGUGACACAACAAGCGACGCCACUGAUUCCUGAUUGACUGCACAUACGGAGUACUCUUGACCCGACAAGCCACGCCUACCCCACCCGUCUUCCCUCCCGCUCCGCCCGCUGCCCAUACUAAGUAAUCCCGUCCCCAAUCCUGCCUGCCACUCCUCCUGCCUGCCACUGCUGCGCCGGUUGAAGCCAGGAACUCCAACCGUUGCAAACCAUUGAAGCAGGCUCUCGUCCACAUCCACCACAUCCACCAUGGCGGAUCCUACUAGGUAUCGAUAUGCUGCACCGUCCGGGCGGCGCUCUCCCGUUCUCUACAACCCCGCGCGAUCCUCCCUGCCUGUUGGCAUGAACUACACUCCCUACAAUGGAGAUGUCCACGUCAUGCCAACUUCGCGCCAUGACUCGUCCAUAUCUCGAGCAGCCGGCGACUAUCGCACUAGCAACCCCGUGCCAAUAACAACCACCACCUAUGCCGUCCGGAAAGACCGAGACCCCCAAGGAACCACCGGCGCGAGAGACAGCGGCCGCGUCCACCGUUCCUCGACCAUCGAUUCCUCCUCCAAGCGCCCGCCCAUCAUUGUCACUACAACACAUGUGCCCCCCGGUACUCAUGCCCUUGCCAGUCUAAGGCCCGAGAGCCCCUCGCGCGAUCCCUACCGCUCCAGUGAAGAAGGCCCGUACUUGACCCAGCCAGCAUCUUCCGUACAACGUUCGCGUAGCAGUACCCGCGCCCCAUUUAGUGCCGCACUCGAUAAUGACGAGUAUGCCCGGCUGAGAGAGAGGACUGGCGACGAGAGACUCCAUGCUUCGAGACCCGCCGAGUACCGCCCGCCUCGGCCCACCUCGCUGUAUCACCAUCUGCCCCCCCGCCACACGACAGCCAUCGACUACGGUGACGAAGGGUACGAAUAUACGAAGCCAAGCGACUUGGCCCGGUAUGACCUCGAUACCAGCAGGCCACACCGGACCCGCCGGGAGAGCUUCGAUCGUAAUUACUAUCGACCAAGCGUCAGCGUGACGACCGACAUCGGCCGCCCGUAUGAGCAGAAUGACAGGCGCCAGCGUGGGCCCCCGCCCACAACUCGCGGACUGGACAAGGUAAACCGAAGCGCUGCGGCCGGCAUCUACGACGGUCCACAGAUUCGCAUGCCUGUACCUCCACCUGUGCCACUUGCACCAGACCCCGCCCGUCGCUCCGGCCACCACCUUGUUCCAGGCAGUCCCACGUCCGAACGGCGGGGAGCUUCUCGUACCCGCCCCGUGUCACUAUACCAAGAAGGACAGGGGUGGUCGCACCACGACGACCCCCUCUACCGUGGCCGCGAGGACCCAUUGCUCCCUCGAGACCUCCGUGAGCGCGAGCGAGAACAUUUCCUGGACGACAGUGUCAAGACUCGUGGAUUUGGCAUCCGCACAGACAUGAGAGACCAGGACGACUACCGCCGAGACUUAGAUCCCAAGUACCGCGAUGAGCGGCGGGAACGACGAGAGUCUCGGAGGGAAUUUGACGACCGCGAGCCCAAGAGAAGAUCCGACGAAGACUGGCAACCCGCCAAACCAAGGGAGGAGCGGAGAGAACACGACCACCGAGAUCACAGGACUGCCCACGACGACCUCGGAGCCCGCCAUCGAAAGGACCCGAGGGAGGACCCUGUGCAUGACGACGAAGACCGCGAAAGCAAGACGGACAAAAUCAAGGACAAGGUAACGACGGGACUCGAGCUCGCCGCAGCAAGUAUUGGCAUCGGGACUAUAAUGAAAGACAAGGAUGGAAAGAACGAUAAGGACGACAGAUCGCCGACGAAACGCCGCAAGGAUGGCGAUGACGACCGCCGCCGAGAUUCUGAGGAUUCAGACGCUCGAGGCGGAGAUCGGCAUAGGCCAAGUGAAAGAGAACCAGUUGACAAACAACGGCUGAUUCCCGACGACUUGCAACCCGUGGAGACAUCACGAGAUCGGGAGUACCCGAGGAGAGAGCGGCCAGCGGAGUCUGCGACCGAGGCUCGGGACCGAGAUCGGGAUCGGGAUCGAGAUCGGCGUCAAGCGGAAGCAAAGCUUAACGGAGAGACGGUUGAGCAUUCCAGCCGCGAUCAGUCUGCCUCCGAAGAUGAAGCAAAGGGCAGACGCCGAACCCGCCGGAGACGCACGUCUUCCGCAUUCAACCCAAAUGAUGCUGCCGGCAUAAUGGCCUUGAAGGCUCAAUUGGCCGCGAGCGAAGAUAAGGAGAAGGGGCCCGAAAAGCCAACAAUCAGGGAGCCGUCACCUAGCUCCUCAUCGGCUGCUGACAAGCGAGAGUCUACCAGCAGUGAAACGCAGCUCGUUGCUACGGGGGAUGAUGCAAGAGGUCGUGAGCUUGUCCCGCCACCUCACGAGGAGAGACAGGUUCGCGUUGUCUCGCCGCCACGAGAGAAGGAUGACAGGAAGCCCAUAAAGGGCAUUCUCAAGCAGCCGAGCUCCAAAUUCCCCGAAGAGCCAAACCCUGUCCGCGAAGGCGUUGCGCCCCACAAGGACGACAAGACGAAGGCGGAUGUUCCAUCAGGCGCACGGUGGACCAAGAUCAACCGACAGCUCGUCAACCCCGAGGCCCUCACUAUUGGCAAGGAGAGGUUCGAAGUCCGGGAUGACUUCGUCAUAGUCCUACGUGUCCUGAGUAAGGAGGAGAUCCAGGCGUAUGCUGCUGCUACGGCACAGCUGAGAGGUAUGUUUGUAGCGUUUCCUCGCUUCUCAAUUUUGCAUUGGGCCCUUUCCCCCUCUUCGUCAUCACUAUCCAUCAUGGUCCUCGUUGUUCCUUGGAUCACUUCACUUUCAUUACUGGUCUCAAAACUUGACUUCCACACCCAGUCCAGAUUUGACUCACUUUAUUUCACGUCCUUCCUCCUAAACUUCCCUCACUCUUCUGUCACAUCGCCGGGCCUCCCUACACAGCCAACCCGACACUUCCUCAUCAUCAUCUCGUCAAGUAUGAGUCUCGAAUGAAUGAGAAUUACUGACAGCCCACUGCAGAACGG